ACAAAUGACAUAACCGCAAAGCAAAGUCCGCAAGGUUCAACAUUGUUUUCUAAUUAAAUUCACAGUUUGUUAUUAAUUUGAAUGUGAGUGAUACAGUGGACAUUUUCUUAAACAUAAUAUCUACCAUGUCUUACGCCCUGAUACGCCAUUUACGUCGGACAGCGCUGUUAACGCAACAAAUGCGUACGGAAACUAUCGUGACCAACCUGACUCCUGAAGACCUGGUGUUUAAGCCUCCCCUAACGCAAUGGAGCAAAGUUAUACGAGAAGCGGAAAAGAUCGUGGGCUACCCUACUUCCUUCAUGAAUUUACGAUGGUUAUUAAGCGACGAAUUCGCUAAUUUAGCCAUGCAUUUAAGAAAAAUGGUGGGCAGUAACCAUCCAAUAGUAAAAACAGCGAAAAUGCUCCUAUACAACGAACAUAACAACCUUCAACCUUGGGGCCUCAUAAUCCUCCUUCUAUCAAAGGCAGUAAGCCCUCCGACCACAUCACUACUAAGCACAGAAGUGACGCAGAACCAGCGGAUUGUGGCAGAACUCACAGAGAUGAUACGGACAGGACAUUACGUUCACAGAGGGCUCCUGAACAUCCCUCCUCACGAUCGCUCCAGCGGCACCGAAUCAGCAAUGUUCGCAAACAAAAUUGCCAUACUAAUAGGGGAUUACCUUCUUGUUACAGCGAAUGGUAUGCUUGCCAGACUUAAAAACCAAGAUUUGUCAUACUUAAUAUCAACAGCAUUGAGGGAUUUGAGUGAAGGAGAAUUCUUUGGGAGGAGGGAUGAGCAAAACAUGCCUUUGCCUGGAAAACCUGUUCAAAAUAAUACAGAGAAGUUCCAAAUACAAAGUAAUACGUUACCAUUAAGUGUUAAAGAUACACUAGGCUCUCCUAUUCGCGAGUGGACAUUAAGGACUAUGUACAAUGGUGGUUCAUUGUUCGGUAGGGGGUGUCAGGGUGCUUUAUUACUUGCAGGACAUAGUGCUGAAAAACAGGAAAUUGCCUAUAAAUUUGGCUGUUAUCUAUGCUUGGCGUGGCAAGCUUUGGCUGAACUCCAAAAAAUCACAAGCAAAGAUACAUACUCUUUAGUCAGUGCGCCUGUUUUAUUCGCAAUAAAUAGUAAUCCAGAGUUAUAUAAUGUUAUAGAAAAGGCUAAAAAUAUCACGGAUAUUCACUUAGAUAAAUUUAGAGAAGAAAUAUUGAAGACAGAUGCUGUGGAACAAACCCAAUUAUUAUAUGCAGAGAAUGCGAACAAAGCUAAAAGCUACGUACAAACAUUUGGCAAUAAUACAUCUAUAGAUACGAUAAUACGAAUGAUAAAAACUUUAUAAUGUUAAAAUUAAUUAUCAGGGAUUAGAUAAAAAGAGAUAUGCUAUGCAUGUCAGUUGGAAAAUAUAUUUGGGAAUAUUUUUGUGGUUCAGAGGGUUGAAAAUUAGUCAAAUGUACAUUAAAAUAAUAUUAAGACAGUGGACUAUAAACCUUAGGGUGCUUUACCGUUCAUGACGUAUGAACUCAAGUGACUUGAUAAUUUUUGUAUAGACUGUCGCAUUGAGGGAGAGUGUUGAGGUGUCAUUUUGGUAGCCACGGACCUCUGUUUGAAUUCAGGUAUUGCAACAGACUUAACUGCACCAUAGGGCAUAAAAAACGGAGUGGUAAGCAAUUUUUGUACGCAAUCGCUGGUCUUUAGUUGCGCACGAAAUAACUUCUGGAAAUAGCAAGACAAUAAAAUAACUCAUCGAAAUGUAAAUACAGGAAUUGAACGAAAUAAGCGAAAUCAUAUACGUAACAUAACAUCACAGAUUUAUAAGAUAUAUCCGGCUCGAAGGAUCAUAUUGUCAUUAAUAUAGCGCUAACACAAAGAUACAUCCGCACCAUGCGCGUGCGCGUUUAAUUUAAUGCUAAGGCGGAAGUACCUUAAAAAUCACACGUCAACCAAUAAAUAUGUAAAUAAUAUAAGAAUUACCAGUAUUUUGUACCAAUCGGAGUUUGUUAACAAUUUUGUUUAGUUUUUUAGUUAAGUUUGCGAAGUUUUAUUGUUAUCAAAGUUACCUACUAGUUUUAAGUGGUAAAAUUAUAUUUUACAUAUCAAA